AUGAACCCUGAUUAUGAGCAGUCACAAGUGUUAGAUGUUGAUGAAGGCCAACAUUACUCAAAGAGUAUUGUACCAUUUAUAAGGUCACAAGGCAAACAAAGUCAUGUCAUUCAAAAGGAAGUGGUGAAUCAUGAAAUUGAAACUCAAGAAGAAGUGAUCACUAGUGCAGUUGAAACUGAAGAACCAUUGGGAACUUACCAUGUACAGGAACCAAGUUGCCAAGCUGAUGAUGGAGCUAAUACUGAAACAGUUGAUGAUUAUGAACCAUUUGUAGAGGAUUACUCACUUCAUGUUGAUUAUGAUGUUGAGUUUAAUGUUGAAACUUCAUUUGAAAAACAACCAGAAGUGGAUUAUCUAGAGGGUAUGGUGAGUGAUGAUAGUGGAGAAGCUUUCUACUCUGAGAGUGGCCAUGGUUCUGAGGAUAGUGGAGAUGAUUUUGAUGACAGUGAAUACAAUGUGGAUGAGUCUAACAUACAAUUUGAUGUAGAUGUAGACAUGAGUGAAUUCCAUAAUGUUGUUGAUGUAGAUGAACAUGGAAUCUUGAAAAAUCAUUCAAAAGAUGAAGGGAUUGACAUGGUUGAUGAUGAGUUGGAAGUUAUUGCCACUGAUGAUUAUCAAUGUGCAGGAUUUCAUGAAGAUGAUAGGAAGAUACUAUUAAAAGAGUUGAUUACAGUGGCGACCCUAUCUUCCAAUCGAUUCUUUGAUCUUAUCAAACCUGGAAUCACCACCAAAGCCCUACCACACAUAGGAGGAUCUGACCAUCGAAUGAAACCACAUCUUCUACAGUUCCAAAAUUGUCUUCCAGGGUUACGAUCCAUCCAUGAAGUGAUCUUCGUUGCUUCAUUUCCACAUCUGCAAGUCACCAUCUUUGAAUUAGAAGCGAUUGGAUGUCGUGAAGGGUGCAACGGUCGAGCAACAGUGGAAAGGAGGAGAGAUGAUCGACUGAUGAAGCUAAAGGAUUUGCCCAAAAAUCGAACAUGCAAUUUCUUUUAA